UUACUUAGACCCUUGAUAAAUAUGCCCCUUAAUGUUAGACUGUAGAAUACUGUAUUAUCUGUGUAUAAAAGGUCACAAUUUAUAUUCAGGUCUACAAUACUUGGUAUAUGAACAAUAGUACAAUACCGUAAUUGUGUUAAUUAAUUAAAAAACAAAAACAAACUCCAAAUAGCUGUAUAUAUUAAACAUUUCGAAAACUCUCUGUAGUUUUAUGACAUUAUUAUUGUUAGAAUGUGUUCUUGCACGGAUGAACUAAAGUUUGUUGGCAAGAAUAUAAGGUGGCUGGUUCUAAGGCAAUGUGACUGAGCUGUACCAUUUGUGUUCUUAAUAAUGGGCAGAGUUUUCUUGGACACAUGUUCAUGAUUUCCCAUGGUUUCUUUUUUCACACGCUGACAAAAAUAUGUCAGAGGGAGAGGUGUCAUGUUUGUAAAAUCCCUACAGAGAGAGAAGCAUCUCAGUCUUACAAGUGUGUAGCCCAUAGAAGCGUAGAAAUCAAUUUUACUGGUAAUAGUAAAGAAAUGACUAAUACUUUCCCUCAGACAUGGCUAAUUUUGCAUUAAGAGUUUUCACUUGCUGUUCCAGCUGGCUUCGCUGGUAUAAAAAUCAGAACAAAACCAUUCUGGAAAAAACACAGCGAGCAGUCAACAUCUCCGUGCGAGGAUUUUGCUUAACAUCUGCAUGGCUUCCACACGUCUCGGCAUCUGGUGGCUGCUGGCCCUUCUUACUCUCCCAUUUUGCCUUUGUCAAGAUGAGCACAUGGAGGUGAGGAGAAGAUUUAAUAAACCGGAGGCCAGAGUAGUUGAAAGUCGUCACCAACGGAAGAGCAAUAAUGCUCCCAGCAGGGAAGUGGUAGGACAACUGGACCAACUUGUUGAGGCUUUUGCCAAUAAUUCGUCAGCAGACACAGUGUUGAUGAGACACGAGGUAGAUGAUCUAGAGCAGCCUUCACACAGAGUCCAGACACCACAACAGCCUGAAUGUAACUGCUGCAGAGGUGAAUUUGGAUAUCGAUAUCAACAACCAGUUCCUGGAUCUCCUGGCUUACCUGGACCUCCUGGUAUACCAGGAAAUCAUGGGAACAAUGGAAACAAUGGAGCUACAGGCCAGGAAGGGGCAAAGGGAGAAAAGGGGGACAAAGGAGAUAUGGGACCAAGGGGUGAACGUGGCCAUAUUGGUGUAAAAGGAGAAAAAGGUUAUCCUGGAGUCCCACCAGAGCUUCAGGUAGCGUUUAUGGCCUCCAUGGCAACCCACUUCAGCAACAUAAAUAGUGGAAUCAUUUUCAGCAGCGUCGAAACCAAUGUUGGAAACUUUUUUGAUGUGAUGACAGGCAGAUUCUCAGCCCCAAUCACAGGUAUAUAUUUCUUCACAUUUAAUAUGCUGAAGCAUGAAGAGGUUGAAGAUGUCUAUGUGUAUCUCAUGCAUAAUGGCAACACCAUCGUGAGCAUGUACAGCUAUGAGACCAAAGGGAAGCAGGACACCUCUGGGAACAGUGCCGUGUUAAAACUGGCAAAAGAUGAUGAAGUUUGGCUCAGAAUGGGGACGGGUGCCUUACAUGGGGAUCAUCAACGCUACUGCACAUUUUGCGGAUUUCUGCUCUUUGAGACUAAAUAAAACAAUCCGGGGAUAAUGGCAUUUGUUCUAUUACUGAUGUGCUUUGUGGACUCACUGGAUUAACACAAAGUCAAUUAAAUGAUGUUGAGCAUGAUAAGUAUGUAUGGAAAUGAUGUCUUGAACA